AUGGCGCGCCAGCAGAAAGUGUCCAGACUCCCCACUCCUGGCCAUGCAAUAUCAGCUACGACGUACGGAGAUCCACAUGCGCAAGGCGGUCGCCUAGGACUUCACACUGGGACCUUUUCUGGCCAUGGUCAUACGCUAUAUCCAAGACAAAACCCAUGGGAGCGGGAACCCUCAGCGUAUAAUGGAGAUCUGGCGGCAGAUGACUUGUUGAACUUCGGCGCCAUCUUCGACAACACAGGUCCGCGGUGGAACCCUAUACGUCCCAUGGACUCACGUCCAGCCAGCCAUGACAACGCCAUUCAAUACGGAUCUACAUCAUUUGGUAGCUUUGAGGGAACUGCCGUGGGUUUCAACGCUGCUCCCUUGUCGAAGAACUUAGCGUUCAUGCCCGGCUUCCCUGAUUAUUCUCCUGUGACUCCUUCUACCUCUCGUGGUGUAGUCUCUACCUCCGACGCCGAACCAACAUUCCCAAUGAAAGAUUUCGAGCUUGGCCAUCUUGAAGCCAGCAGCAAUGUCUUCAACACAAGCUCUCAGUUGUCCAACGCCUAUGACUUCGCGGCCUUGCUUCCGGAACUCGAUAUCCCUCAGGAACAUGAUCCAACAAAACUCGGCUCGAUGGAAGAGCUCCACGGCCAUACCUCUCAACAUCUGCCGUCAGCCAAAGGACCUAAUGGUGCCGACAGUUACAAGCCUAGCGAGAACAACAAUGGGCCUGCCACUAUCCAGCGAUGGAACGGUCCACCCGUUGGACAGGCCACCAAGCCUCUCAGAACGAUGGCAUAUAGGCGGGACGCAAAGGGCAAGAUCUACGACCCCUUGGUUACUGCCCUUGAGAAGAAGAGCAACGGUCUAUAUUGGUCCUCCUCUGCGGAAGCGGAACACUUCUUCGCUAGAACCGCUCGCUGGACGCCGACGCUUCUUCAGAGGCCCCUGUGUCCCGCAGAGAGAGAAAGCUGUGUCGUGCGUCUGCGAGAGGCAAUCAUCAAUACGACCGGUAUCCUUGAUAAUAAGAACCGCUGCCUUAAACCUUGGCUAGACGGUCACUACACGGCACCGGCUGCAGAAUAUGUUGCCCACACCAUAGUUGACGAACUUGUCAAUUUGCACACCUUUGGAUACACAGCUCCUAUUCUUGAUUCCAAACGAUUGCUCGAGAGUAGAUUCCAGCAAGACCUGGGCUUUACUCACCGAUUGCAAGAGAUAGAGAAGCUCCUUUUCGAGCGCAAAUCCGUGUGUAAGGCUCUCAUGGAUGGCGGCGAUAUCAUGCAGCUUGUAGCAGCACCCAAGCUGAAAACAAAGCGCGAACGAUUUGUUAACUUUCACCAGAUGACUGAAUACAACAAAGUUGGCAACGGCCGCAAGGCAAAUAUGCUUGCUGCUGGUACAGGUGGCACGAAAGCUACGAAGAAACGCCUGGCAUCUCAAUUCUCGACGGAUGACAGCGACGAUGACCUUGUCAAUCACACAGAGGCAACGUACGCUGUAAACCAGCGUCGAAGACUAGACACUCCGCAAGGUUGGAGCUAG